AGGCGUUUCCACGGCAACGGGGAGCGUCCUCCCCAGCAUCCCUGAACGGUCACCGAGCGCCGACCAAUCAGGAAGCCCGAACGCCUGCCCGCCCCCGAGGCGUUUCCUUGGCAACGGAAAGCGUCCCCCGAGCAUCCUGCAGGCCCUGCAGCCUUUCCAUGGCUCCGGACGAGCCGGGCCCCGGGCCGUCGGUGUCCCCGGCAGGACCCGGGGACGCGCUGUGGGAGGAGGACGAGGAGCUGGAGGGGCUGAAGGAGGCCCUGGCCAACCUGCGGCAGCUCUCCGACGAGGAGAAGAGCGAGAAGGCCCUGCUGCGCUCCCGCCUCCUGGAGCAGUCGCAGCUCAUCUGCAUCCUGAAGCGGCGAGCCGACGAGGCGCUGGAGCGCUGCCGGAUCCUGGACCAGCUCAACUCCGAGCUGGAGGAGGAGCGGGACCGGCAGGUCGGGGGGCUGGAGGCCCAGAACCGGCUCCUGGAGGCCCGCUUCGGGGAGCUGGCGGCCAACCACGAGGAGAUGACCCGCUUCAUGAACGAGCACAAGCGGCAGAACGCCCGGCUGAGGGAGGAGAAUGAGCUGCUCAAGGUGCAGCACAGGAGCCGCUUCAGCCAAGCCCUGAGGGAUCGGGAGGCCGAGGUGGAUCAGCUCACCGCCCGAGAAGAGGCCCUGACCAAGGAACUGGGGGACCUGAAGGCCCAAUACGCCCAGGACGCCGACAGGGCCCAGGUGCGGGAGAAGGAGCUGCUGGAGGCGCAGAGCCAACAGGCCAGCGUCCACGCCGGAGAAGCCGACCUGCUGCAAGGCCAGCUGCGGAGCCUGCAGGAGCGACACCAGGAGACCCUGGGGCGGCUGGAGAAGGCCGAAGAGUUGCAGCGGGUGCAGGGAGGGGAGCUGCGAGCCAGGCUGCAGGCCCUGGCCCGGGAGAAAGAGGAGCUGCUCCAGCUGGCCAUGCAGAGGGGCAAGACCCUGCAGCUCAAGCAGGAGGAGAUCGGCAAGCUCCUGGAGAAGCUGGAGGCGGCCGAGAAGGCCAGGAAGAUGGCCGCGGACCGCUUUGAGCGAGAAGCCGCGGCGGUGGAUAGCAACCUGAGGGUCCAGGAUCUGCAGCGCCAGGUCGGGGGCAUCCAGAAGGCCUACGACGAGCUCCUGCUCCGAUCCGAAGCCUUUAAGAAGCACAGCCUGGACUUGCUGUCCAAAGAGAGGGAACUCAAUGCCAAACUGCGCCACCUCCUUCCUUAGGACGCCCUCCUCACCGUCCCCCUCUCUCUGGAGCCCGUCUGGGUCUUAGGUUCUCGCAAAGUAAACACACUCCCUGUC